GGACUAUCCCUACUCUAUGGAAGAAGGAACUUGCGAGAUGCAAAAGGAUGAAUCUGAAACGGUUACCAUAAAUGGACACCAAAAUGUACCUACGAAUGACGAGAAGAGCCUCUUGAAGGCAUUGGCUCACCAGCCUAUCAGUGUCGCCAUUGAUGCCUCUGGCAGAGAGUUCCAGUUCUACAGCGGCGGCGUGUUUGAUGGGAAGUGCGGGGUUGACCUAGACCACGGUGUGGCUGCGGUUGGGUAUGGAUCAAGCAAGGGUUCAGAUUACAUCAUCGUAAGGAAUUCUUGGGGACCAAAAUGGGGAGAGAAAGGUUACAUCAGGUUGAAGAGGAACACCGGGAAACCAGAGGGUCUUUGUGGUAUCAACAAGAUGGCUUCUUUCCCCACCAAAACUAAGUGAUCAUCAGAUCAUUCUCUCUUAUAUGUCUUUCAUCAUCUUCGUAUCUUUAUGAAUAUUGUUGUCAUGAAACUACAAUGUCUGUCUUUUUUGACAUCAGAUCAUUCUCUCUUCAAUUGAAGCUUGUAACAACUA